AUGGCACGGCUGAUGCGCAUAGAAUUGGUUCUUGUAGUGAUUUUGCUGUUGAUUGGAGUUUUCCAAAUGGCAUCUGCUAGAGGCGGUGGCGGUGGCGGAGGGCAUGGUGGAGGUGGUGGUGGUGGGCGAGGUGGCGGAUUUGGUGGUGGACGUGGCGGAUUUGGUGGUGGGCAUGGCGGUUUCGGUCGUGGAGGAUUCGGCAGAGGUGGUUUCGGCCGUGGCGGUUUCGGCAGAGGUUUUGGUGGCGGUGGUGGUGUCUUCUAUGGUGCUGGAUUUGGCAGAGGUUAUGGUCGUUUUUAUGGACGACCACCACCGGUUGUUGUUGGUGGCCUUGGUGUGGGCAUUGCAACGUAUGCACCUUAUGUACCGCUCUACUGUCGCUACCGUCCAUGGCUGUGCUAUGAUUAUUAA